UAUUGAUGAAGCUGUAGAACGGAUGAAAAAACGUGCAAGAGAAGAAACAACAACAAUUCCAAAAAUUUAUACAGAAGAACUAGUUCGAACUCGUAUUGCAAAUCCUUCAAUGGUAACUGGUUUGUCAUACCCAAAUCUUCGCAGUAUUGAUUCAUCACUUUAUCGUCAACGAGCACUUAAUUUUCCACGAUUACCUAGUGAUUUAUUUGAUCUUAAAAUUCCUUAUGAAUGGACCUUAGGUUUACGUGGUGAACCUUUUUUGCUUGUUAAUGAAUUCUAUGAUAAUAAUAAAGAAAAAUUGCUUAUUUUCGCUACAGAUUGGUCAUUAUCUUUUCUAUCAACAUGUUCCAGAUGGCAUUCUGAUGGCACAUUUCGUGUGACACCUCUUCUUUUUGAACAAGUCUAUGUUAUUUGUGGAUUCAGUGAAGGUUUUAUGAUUCCUUGCGUUUAUUCACUUACCACAAGGAAAGAUGAAACUGCAUAUACAAAAAUUUUUCGUCACAUUAUUGCACUGGGUGAAAGCCGUCAAGGUGUUUGUAUGAAUCCAACUAGUUUAACAUGCGAUUUUGAAACAGCAGCAAUCAAGGCGUUUAAAAUUAUCUUUCCUGCAGCACGUGUUAAACUAUGUUUUUUCCAUUUCUCUCAAAGCUUGUGGAGGAAAAUUGUAGAUUGUUCUAUGUCUUCAUAUUUUAUUCGUUCUGACGACAAGGAUGUUACAAAUGAACAACAAGAACAUACUAGGUAUUGGUUUAAUGGUGCAAUCGGUUUAGCCUUAAUACCUCCACAAUUGAUUCAAAAUACUUGGGUAGAUUUAAUGGAUAAUUUCACGCCUGAUACUGCUGGUGGUACUUCAUUUAAUGAUUAUAUCGUGUCAA